UGGCCGCCAGAAGGCGCCACCGUGGUAUUACUGCAUUAUUGUUUUUUUUAUCAACUCGCCAGAAAUUACGCUAUCCCCACAAAAAAACCGCAAAAGCGCGAGUGUUUAUGUUUUUCGUUCCCAAGUGCAUAUCAUAGAUUAGGAGAAUUAGUAACCCCGCAAUUGUCCGGCAGUCCAAAAUCACGCGUAAUUCCCAUUCCCCCGCCCACCCACGCACGUAGAUUUUCGAUUAUUUUUUUUGUUUUCGACCCCUGACUGCGUCCCGUGGAUUUCUCCCCCCAAAAGAAAAGAAGAAAUUUGUGAACCUCAAUCGAUUUCACCGGCCGCAAACUGAAUCCCCCGGGAUACGGAUAAUGGAGGUAUCCGCCGAUCCGUACGAGCAGAAGCUCUACCAAAUGUUCCGCAGCUGUGAGACGCAAUGUGGCCUGCUGGACGAGAAGUCCCUGCUGAAACUCUGCUCCCUGCUGGAACUGCGGGAUCAAGGAUCCGCUUUGAUCGCCAGUCUGGGCGGCAGCCACAAACUGGGCGUGUCCUUUGCCCAGUUCAAGGAGGCGCUGCUCAACUUUCUCGGAUCGGAGUUCGAUGGCACGACGUCAUCGGGAUUUAUGGAGCGUUCGCUGGUGAUCACGGAUGAGCCCCUAACCAGCACAUAUAUUGAGAGUCCGCCGGAGUCCUCCGAUCGCGAAGUGUCACCCAAACUCAUUGUGGGAUCCAAGAAAUACGGACGUCGGUCCAGGCCGCAUCACGGCAUCUACGAGCUAUCCGUCACGGAUUCGGACAACACGGAUGAGGAUCAGCUGCAGCAGCAGCAGAAGCAGCGGAGUCUCAACGGCUGUGAUGAGCUGGGAGCUCAGGUCCAACGAUCAUCGUCCCAAAGUGAUCUUCCUGGCAGUCGACGCCUGCGAUCCGUCCACACCAGUGGCAGUAAACUGAAGAGAUGCGCUUCGCUGCCGGCACGCAGGAUUCUUCACUCCAAGAUGCACAACACCGCCACGGGAGUGACUUCCUCGCCGACGGCUGCCUCCAAGCUGAAGCAGCUGUCCAUCCAGAGCCAGACGCAGCACAACAGCAGCGUGGAAUCCCUGGGCCAUCACCUGGCCACCAAUUCCGCACCGUCGUCCGAGCACCGGAGAUGCUACCACGGCGGCCGUUGGUCAUGUUGCAAAGACACCGUGACGCCACAGCAGCUGGAGACGAUCAGUGUGGCCAGCAUCAUGGAGGCCUGGGAGCUGGCCAGCAUUCCCAACAGUCGCACCCUGCUCCACAUUCUCGGCUUCGACGAGGACGAGGAGGUGAACCUGCAGCAGCUGACCAAGGCGCUGGAGGAGGAGCUGCGAGGACUGGAGGGCGAUCAGGAGCAGUCGCACAUGCUGCGUGCCUUGGCUGUGCUGCAGGCCACCGAACUGGCUAACUACCGGAUGGCCUAUCGCCAGCAGCACGAGGAGAACUGCAAGCUGAGGGCCGACAACAAGGCGGCCAACCAGAGGGUGGCUAUGCUGGCCGUGGAAGUGGACGAGCGGCAUGCCUCGCUGGAGGACAGCUCCAAGCAGCAGGUGCAGCUGCUGGAGCAACGACACGCCAGCAUGGUGCGGGAGAUGACGCUGCGGAUGAGCAAUGAUCGCGAUCACUGGACCAGCAUGACGGGCAAGCUGGAGGCGCAGCUCAAAUCGCUGGAGCAGGAGGAGAUCCGUCUGAAAACGGAUCUCGAACUGGUGCGCGCUGAGAACUCAGAGCUGGAGACGGAGCAGCAGAAGGCGCACCUUCAACUCACCGAGCUGCUCGAGCAGAACAUAAAGCUCAACCAGGAACUGGCCCAAAGGUCGAGCAGCAGCAUCGCUGGCACGCCCGACCACAGUCCAUUGCGUCCGCGCAGGCACAGCGAGGACAAGGAGGAGGAGAUGCUCCAGCUGAUGGAGAAACUGGCCGCCCUGCAAAUGGAGAAUGCCCAGCUGCGCGACAAGACUGACGAACUGACCAUCGAAAUCGAGAGCCUCAAUGUCGAGCUAAUCCGCUCGAAGAGCAAGGGCAAGAAGCAGGAAAAGCUGGAAAAGCUGGAGGAUCAGGAAGCGGCUGCCACGGCCACCAAGAGGCGUGGGGAUUCGCCGAGCAAAAGCCAUCUCACCGAGGAGAGUCCGCGGCUGGGAAAACAGCGCAAGUGCACGGAGGGUGAGCAAAGUGAUGCCAGUAAUAGUGGCGAUUGGUUGGCUCUGAAUUCCGAGCUGCAGCGAAGUCAAAGCCAGGAUGAGGAGCUGAACAAGCUCAAGGAGCGGGUAGCUGAACUGGAAACGGAACUGAAGGCGGCCAAGGAAGGCAGAUCUCUCACGCCCGAAAGCCGUUCCAAGGAGCUGGAGGCCAGUCUGGAGCAAAUGCAGCGCGCCUACGAGGAUUGCGAGGACUACUGGCAGUCGAAGCUCAGCGACGAGCGGCAAAUGUUCGAAAAGGAGCGCCAGAUCUACGAGGAUGAGCAGCACGAGAGCGACAAGAAGUUCACCGAGCUGAUGGAGAAGGUGCGCGAGUACGAGGAGCAGUUCAGCAAGGAUGGCCGCCUCUCGCCCAUCGACGAGCGGGACAUGCUGGAGCAGCAGUACACCGAACUGGAGGCCGAGGCGGCCCACUUGCGCUCCACAUCCAUGCAAAUGCUCGAGGAGAAGGCCCAGGAGAUCGGUUCCCUUCAGUCCGAGAUCGAGGAUCUGCGUCAGCGAUUGGGUGAGAGUGUGGAGAUUCUCACCGGUGCCUGCGAACUCACCUCGGAGUCGGUGGCACAACUGAGUGCCGAGGCGGGAAAGAGUCCCGCCAGCUCGCCCAUCAGCUACCUCUGGCUGCAGAGCACCAUCCAGGAGCCAGCGAAGUCCUUCGCUGACGCCAGGGAUGAGGCCACCGCCAGUGCCAUCGAACUGCUGGGAGGCUCACCAUCGCACAAGACAGCCAGCCGCAAUAACCUCACCACUUCGGAGACAUCCAUCUUCAGCACCACGCCCUUCGAGAGCUCUCCUUCGGGUCCUUCGCCCACCAACAGUGGUGGCACCACGAAUGCCGCUCCCUCUGGUCCUGCUCCCAUCAGCAAACCGAAGCGGGCACAGAGUCCGCAGCAAAUUCCGUCGGAGGGAGAGAUCGCCGACUGCGAGACCUCGUCGACGGCAUCCAACAAGAGCUUUGAGUCCACCAGUAAAGCGUCUUGCCUUAGCCACGACAAGUGCAGUAGUCCUUCGGCCCUGAAGGAGGAACUGAAGCGUCUCAAGUUCUUUGAGCUCUCCCUCAAGGAGCAAAUCAAGGACUUGAGCCUGCAAAGAGAUGGAUUGGUCAUGGAACUGCAUCAGUUGCAGGAGGCGAGACCCGUUCUCGAGAAGGCCUAUGCGCGAACAACGCACCCAACGCUUCAGCAGCGACUGAACCAAUUGGAGCUGCGAAAUCGCCAUCUGCAAAACGUCAUCAAGCAGCAGCAGCAGUACACCGAGUCCCUGAUGCAGCAAUCCUGGCGCCAGCAUCAAGUGGAGCUCAACGAUCUGCAUAGCCGCAUCGAGACGCAGGGUGUUAUGCUGGCCGACCAGACGCAACGGCUGCAGAAUGCCGACAUCCUGGUGAAGGACCUGUACGUGGAGAACUCUCAUCUGACCGCCACAGUGCAGCGGCUGGAGCAGCAGCGGGCGCGGGUGAACCUAAUUCACCAGCAGCAGCAACAGCAGCAGCAGCAGCACCGACUUGUGGGCGGCGGACUGCCUGGCAUGCCUUAGUUUGCCUUUAACGGCAAACGGAUAUAGUUUAUAGUUUCCAAAUAUACGAAAAGAAAAGACAACCUGGGGAGGGGUGCUCAGCAUCAGCAUUGGCAUCAGCAGACAUCGAACGUGCACCAAUAUACAUAUAUAUAUAUAUCGUUAUGAA